GGAAUUUGUUUCCUACAUCGUUGAUGCUGUUCACAUGUUCCAACUCACAUCAUCCCAGGUCUCAUUGUUGUGUCUUCAGCUCAAGAAAAAAUGUUCCUGCUAUAUGACAAGACUUCAAGAAGAACAUGUUUGAGAACUUCAGCUUUUCUGAUAAUUGUGAUUAAAGUCUUGUCCUGUCAAACCUUCACAUGUCGUCCACAAGAGUAUUGGAUAGGGAAGAAAUGCUGCCCAAUGUGUCCACCUGGAAACAGAGUUAAAACAGAUUGUACGGCCUUCAGACGUACAUCAUGUCAGUCCUGCAUGAGUGGAACUUAUAUGGAUAAAUUUACUAGACAUAAGCAGUGUUUCCAAUGCACCAACUGUGAUACAGGUUCUGGUCUGAAGGUAAAGACGUCAUGUACAACAACAUCAGAUACAGUUUGUGAACCACUUGAAGGAUUCUUCUGUAUUGACUUAAUAAAGGACCAAUGUGCAGCAGCACAGAAACACAAGGACUGUGAUCCAGGACAAUACAUCAAGGAAAAGGGUACAUCCUCCUCAGACACUGUGUGCUCUGACUGCAGUGAUGGAACAUUUUCAGAUGGAACAUUAACAUCUUGUCUCCAACACAGACAAUGUGAAUCGAUGAACCUUGAGCUGAUAACAGCAGGAACUAAGUCAGCUGAUUCUGUUAGUGGGGAACAAACCUCAAAUGUUGGAGCUACUGUCAACAUCAUCAGAAUGCUGGUUGUUUUAGUCGUUCCAGUAGUAGUAGUAGUGUGCUGCAUCAUAAGAAACAUAAACUGUCUAACAGACGAAAACAAUCAUGCAGACAACUCCAGAGAGACACCUCUACGUACACGACCAUCAGUGGAAGAAUCAAUGUCAUUGUCAGAGCAGGAGGAGGUUGAACCUGUGUAACCAGUCUAAACUCUCAGAUGAAAUCUGUUUUCCGUGGACUACAUUUGCUCCAGAAUCCAGUUAAUAUGCAUUUGGACGCAGAGGGAACUUUUUUCACCUUCGCUGAUCUUAUAUAAAACAAAACAUAAACUUUUGGGAGAGGGUAAAGCUUAACCACCAACCCUAUUGACUAUGGCAUAUUCUUCUGUUUUCCUCUCGCCUGGUCUCCUUGUGUAAGAAUGCUUGUUAAACAUCAGCCCUGUGAGGGACAAUCAAGUAUUUUACAUCCUUUUUUUCAGAACAACCUGGGCUUUCAGAAUAUUCAUGCUGUGGUGGUGUCAUAUACAUAUAGAAAAAGUCAUAUGACCAGAUAUAGAAAGGAAAAGAAAAAAAGAAAAGAAAAUUUAUUUCACACAUAUUUAUAGAAACACACAGUUUAAGUUUCAUACCGUCAGAUUGAGGACAUUUGUGUAAAGUGAGGACAUUUUGGCCGGUCCUCACUUUUUUGGCCUCACUUUUUGGUGGUUUUGAAGGUUAAAACUCAGUUUUAGGGUAAAGGUUACAAUUUGA